AUGUGUUCAUCGCAGUCUCCUCUCAAUCCACCUCUGCGGAAAGGAAAAAGGGGACAAAAUACGCAGCCCCGCCCCGCCUGGGGCCGCCGCCACACGCAGGAGCCCGGCGCGGCGCGGACCGGCGGCUCCGCGGCCUCUCCCUCCGGGCGCCGCGGCCUCCCGGCAGCCGCGACCCCCGGGACCCCGGAGCGCGGUGCUGCUGCGGGGGUGCCGUCACCGGCAGCGCGGUCGGGCGAGGUGCCCGUGCUCCUCCUGACCCGCAUUGACCCGUCGGCCUAUCUGCGCUCCGGGACCGGCGGGGAGCGGCGCGCCGCGGAGCCUCGGCCGGGAAAGGCCGGGAAUGAUGCGGCUCCGCUCGGCCCGGAGCGCCCGGUGGGGGCCGGCGGGGACCCCGCGCGCAGCGACAGCGGCCGCGUCUGUCGCACGGGGCACGACAAGGAGAGCUUCGAGCGGCUUUACCGCGUGGGACCGCUGCUGGGGAGAGGCGGCUUCGCGUCCGUGUACUCGGGGCUCCGCCUGUGUGACAACAGCCCGGUGGCGAUCAAACAAGUGGCUCGGGAGCGCAUCUCCUCGUGGGGCGAGCGGCCCAGCGGCACUCGCAUUCCCAUGGAGAUAGCCAUGUUGAGGAAGGUGCGCUCCGGCUGCAGUGCCAUCAUCCAGCUCCUCAGUUGGUUUGAGCUGCCCCACUCCUUUGUGCUGGUUCUGGAGCGUCCGGAGCCAUCGCAGGACCUCUCCAACUUCAUCAAAAAACGGAGGUUCCUGCCCAAGGAUCCGGCGCGGGGCAUUUUCCUCCAGGUGCUGGUGGCUGCGCGGCACUGCCACAGCCGCGGUGUCCUGCACAGGGAUAUCAAGCCCAAGAACAUCAUCAUCAACUUGGCCACCAGAGAGGUCAAGCUUGCUGACUUUGGUUGCAGCACCCUCCUCAGGGACACGGUCUACACCAAAUUUAGCGGAACACCUUUGUACUACCCGCCGGAGUGGUUCCGCUGGCACUGGUACCACGGCCGUCCGGCGGCGAUCUGGUCCCUGGGCGUGCUGCUGUAUGAGAUGGUGUGCGGGGUCCUCCCCUUCCGGUGCUGCGAGGACAUCGUCAGCGGGCAGCUCUUCUUCCAGCGCCGGAUCUCUGUCGAAUGCCAGCACCUCAUCAGGUGGUGCUUGUCCAUGAGAGCUCGCGACAGGCCAUCCCUGGACGAUGUGUUCAACCACCCUUGGCUGCAAACUCCACUGCCCCAGGAGACAGCCGCCCUCCACCCUCACAGCCUGAGCCAGCAGCUGGGCAAGUAA